AUGGAAGAUAAAGGUGACCCAAGCAGUGCGGAGGCACUUGAGACUAUCAAACCCACAAGGAAAGGCUUCAGCCAAACCCGGGGAUUUGGAAGAACCACUGUUGCUAAGCGAGAGGGUGCGGGAGACAUGGAGGCAGGCUCACUGGGGCAGCAGCCCCCACGGCAGCACAGCCUGGCCCUGGGACGCACUGGGAGGCAGCCACAGCGCACCGAGCGGGUGGAGGAAUUCCUUACAGCAGCUCAGCACCAAGGAAGACAGAAUGUUCCUGUCUCCCUUGCGGAUUCCAGUGAGCCAACGUCUUGUCCAGUCCCAGAUGUUGAAACUGCCUUGGAAGGGAGCGUAGGAAGUACCUCUGAGAUGAAAAGUGGCCCCCACUCUGGUUCCUUGAGUGUACAGGAGCGACCUGCCUCUUCUGGAAAGGCCACAGGGAGCAAGGAGAAGGAGGACACCUCCGAAAAUGACAGUGAUGGCCUGACUUUGAAGGAGCUUCAGAAUCACUUUUGGAGAAAGCGAGAGCAAGAGCCACCUGACAGGCCCCUGAAAGGCAUCCAGAAUCACCUGAGAAAGAAGCGUCGGGAGGAGAAUCCCACAGAAACUGUGCAUGUCAAGGCAGGCACUGCUGUUGAGAAUGCUCUGCCCAGCAAGCAAGAGCCAGAGACUGUCCAGAGGGUUGUGUCCCAGGCAGUGACCAAUGACCAAGAGAAUCAGUGGGAGAGGACAGCAGCUCUGCAAGUUAAAGUUGAAGAGAGCAGGGACUCGGGCAAGCCUAAGCCUGAAUGUGAGCUGCACGACCCCAACACUCUGGACCGCAUGUGUCUCCAGCCUCGUAACAACAGGUUUAUGAGUUGCUGUGACCGAUGUGAAGAACGGUUCUGUGGCGAUUGUGGGGGCGCUUCUCAGGCUCGAGGAAAGCUUCUGGAAAGGAACAGGGAAGAUUAUAUCUGCCCAAACUGCACCGUUCUGCAAGUGCAGGAUGAGACUAAGGCAGAAACCACAGAUCAUCGAGAAACUAAAUUUAGACCUGGAGAUGCUGGUGACACAGAGUUUACAAGUACAGGAACAGUGGAGCAAAAAUCUAGUGAAGACCGAAAGAUAAAGAGGAGAGUUGAGAAAGCUGCAAAUCCAAGCAGAAAGAAAAAACUCAAGCUUUGCCAGCCUGUGGUAGAGGCUGCGGGCACCUCCAGGUGUCCCCGCCCUGGGCGCUCCAGUGUGGUGCAGCCCAACCUGGCCUACUGCAGCAAGGACAGUAUUCUUACACAUGCUGAAGUUACUAUGAAAUGCCUAAGUUCAGGCAAAGAACAGAAGCCAAAAUCUAAGGAGAAGAUCAAGAUGAAGCCAGAAAAGCUCCAACUUCCACAGGAUGCUGUUCAGGACUCCAACACCAAGGCAGACGACGGGGUGUCCGCAGCUCCUUGGCCAGACCCGACUAUUCAGCAGUUUGGUCAGUUCUCAAAGGCUCAGGCUCUAGAGGAAGAGGAGGAGGAUCAGCCGUACAGCCCUGAAGAAGAGCAGAACCUGGAGAGAGCCUUGGAUGCACAGCUCGCCAAGCGAGGGACAUGCCACGAUGUGGAAGCGGCUCCUGAAUCAGACGAGAGGGAAGAGGUGGCCUGUGACCCCGAGGAUGAGACAGUCUUAGAAGCGAAAAUGACCAUCGAGGACGUUCCCAACAGGAUGUGUGCAGACGUUAGAAGCAUCUCCUCACAGAGGCCUGCAGAGCAUGCUUCUGACGUCUCCACUCCCUCUCUGCUUGAGCAGCAGAAAAAACAAGCAGAGAGGAGCAGAAGAGGCAGCUAG